GAAAGAAGGAACUGGGAAAAGAAGGAGGGGAAGUUCAACCUCGCUUCCUUCCCUAUCUUCCACAGAAAACCAAACAUGGCAUCUUCUAUGAGGAGCUUGUUUACUGACCACAGCAGAUACGUUGAAUCUUUUCGGAGGUUUCUCAACAAUUCUACGGAACACCAGUGCAUGCAGGAAUUCAUGGAAAAGAAGCUGCCAGACAUAAUAGCAAGGAUUGGAAGCACAAAAUCAGAAAUUAAGAUUCUAAGCAUAGGUGGAGGUGCAGGUAUGAAUAACACCUUUUAA